AUGUGCCAGCUCAGCUGGAUCCGUCGAUUCUCCACCAACGCGAGGUCGAAGGGAAAGUUCCAAGGCUCCUUGGAGGCGUCAACAGGGCCGCGGCAGGUCACGCGCCAAACCUCUGGUGCCCGUGCUGUGCUUGAAGGGGGGGAAAUGGGGCUUGCCGACACCGUGGGGUGCAAAGGCCAGUUCGUUUUCACCUGGUGGUCGAUCAUCGGGCUGCCAGGAUCGGGUCCGUCGGCGUGCGGUAUCGUGGGCGGGUUUGGGAGGGAUGGGUGGAGGAGAUGGAGUUGCCUGUAUGGGCAGGUGGAGGAGGAUGGAAAGGCCUGGAUGGGCAUGAGGGUGACGCCUUUAUGGGCGAGUGGAGGAUCAGGCCUGAAGGGGCUAAGGGAUAGAGGCCUUAUGGGCAAGAGGAGGAUGGGGUAUGAGGAGGGCGCCCCUGACGGGCAUGAGGAGAGAGGCCCCAAAAGGGCAGAGGAACGAGUCUCCUUUAAAGGAGCAGGUAUCCUGUUGGAAAGGGAGGAGAGAGUCUCCUAUUGGGGAGAGAGAGGAGAGAGUCUCCAUUGGGGAGAGAGGAGAGAGUCGCCUGGAAGGCGACAUGGGAAGAGACGCCUCCAAGGGCAAGAAACGACAACCGGCCACAUGGCCAUACAGAGGAAUCCGCCCCACGGGCACCAAGACCUUCGCCUCACGGGCGACCAACCAACUCCGGGACGAGCGCCGCACGACCAACAGCUCCCUCCGCAGUCAAGCAAUCGUGCUUGGACUGACGACCAGCCUUACGGGCUCAGCGAAAAAUCACUUACCAACUUCCUCCGCGAGAUGCACCAGCAUCGCCGACUCCGGAACAACAAAAAUUCGAUGCUCUCAACCACCUUCAAGGGAGCAUCGUGGACGGACUGUUCCCACACAGUUACCAGGAGCGGGAUCCAAGGCACCAAGGGAACCAAGUCUCGCACCAUCACAAACAUCAACAGAGACUGGGUUUUCUUGGGCCAACAGGAUCGAACGACUCUGCUGCCGCUUAACACCAUUCCGCACAGCGCGAAGAAAAGCGGCAGUUUUUAA